CGAUAGAACCGCCUCUCCCGACAGACAGAAACCCUAACGCACCACCCAAUGUAGCGUCACAGCCACCCCCCACUGCACCCAAUCAGGCUACAGGGUCUGGUCUAUCUCCCGCUGAUAUCAAGGCCUACAUGAAGCAACUGGAGGUCAUGUUCCCAGACUGUGACCAAGAGUACCUGUUGCAUCUGCUGCAAUCCUUCCAGGCCAACCACAUGGAAGCCACCGUCGAUGAACUGCUCAAGAAUCAGUACCCACGAGCAGACCAAACUCGCAGUCAAACCCCCGACCCAACGCAACCGUUCCAACCACCACCAUCUUACACUGGAGCACAUCCGACAGCACCAGACGAACCUCCACAAUGCCCAUCCGAACCCCCAGGUGCUGCCCUGCCGUCCCACUCUCCUCCACCAGAAGUCGACCAAGGGACCAAACCACACCAUUCGAGAUCACUCAAAAGCCGACUGUCCAAGUUCCUGGGCGGCAGUGGAGGUAGCCAUAGCGGCAGUGGUAGCGGUGUCGACCAAACUCACACCCCACCAGCACCUGGAGGUGGCAACAGCGGAGGUGUGCCGGUGACACCCGAUAUGAUGAAGAGUACGCUGGAACGGGCGGUACAGUCCUGUCGGCCCAAUCACUUAGACAUCGACUCAGGACCCACUCAGCUUACGGUGCCCGACAUCCCCCCUACCAACAACGCCUGUGAGAUCAUUCCGGGUGUCCGGUUAAGACAUGUAGGUAAAAUCUGUGACUUUGACACGUACGUGGACAAGGUGUUAGACGACAGCGUGCUGAAUGAUCCUAAGGUCGCCGCGUACGCGCAAGGCCUGGGAGCCAUACUCAAGAAUCUGCAGACAAAGGUGUUCAACCUGCCCAAGGGCAGUGUGCAUAUGUACUACGACACUCAGGUAUGCGGUGACGACAGGGGGGGGAGGUUAUUUGUUGUUGUACCGAGUCAAUUCUCGGAGAAUGAAACGAAUUUGAUCAACUUCCGAGAAAUCAGUUCACAUGUACUGGAACAGGUCUGUAAAUACUUCCACUACAAAAUUAAAUACACAGCCGCGACUCAAGAAAUUCCAGACUUCCCAAUCGAACCGGCCGCUGCACUGGAUUUGCUAAUGGCUGCCAAUUUUCUGGACACAUAAACAAUCCGAGACAUUGCAUUACGGAUAAUUUGCAUAUCAUUAGUUUAUAAAUGUGAUAUGUCUCACAAAGUACAAUUUAAGCUGUUUUGCGGCGCGAACUCUUUUUAAUUUCUUACACUAUAUAAGUCGCCAUCCACUUCAAAGAGGGCUAUUGAUUUUUAUGUACCAGUACACUUCAUGGUAUGGCUUCCGUUAAACUUAAGGUCCUGAUUCAAAUUAUUUGUGCGCCCCAGUUUUAUGCUUGAAGCCUCAAACGAGAACAUUGCGCCUUUUCGUUGUGAAUGGUGCCCUCAAACGACUGUUUAUGAGUAUUGACGGUCUUAAAAUUAUCCGUGAAAUGUCGCCUUAUGCGUAGAUCCCCGUCAAAUAGUCUAUUUGUAUAACUUUUAGUCCAUUUCUAAUCAUAGAAUAAACAUGAUCUUUAGAGUCGGAUAUGUAUAUCUGAAGAGGUAAAAACUCUGAGCAGAGAACCUCGUGGGCGUCGCGCUUUGUCGUUGGACUCGCAUCCACAAUUGUACAUGAAUCUCGUAUUGGAAGGCGAGGGACUCUAAUGAACCUGUGUAAUGUACAUCGAGCUCUUAUGUUGCACUCUCAACAAUUAUCUGUUUCAGUAAGAUCGUGACGUUUUAAUCGACGACCUAAUACUCGAAUGAUUUUUGGAAGGCAGUAGCUAUAGGUUUAUUCGAUUGAGGUCAGUCGAUGUACUACAAAGCAUAUGAAGUGGCGACUGCACUAUCGUAGAAUAACUCUGCACAAUCAGUUAAAAUACAUCCUGCUAAAAAUCAACAUCCGAGAAAUCAGUCCACAUUUACUAAAACACAGACAUAUCUUUAGCUUGAUGUUGCGUGCAUAAAUUCUAUCGUAUGUAGAGCCAUUGUCCUGCAUAUUAAUCACUGUAAUUCAGAUAUCAGGCUAAAUAUUAAUCUAUUUAUCUUUCACCAGCUAUUUACAACUGAUUGAUCGUCACAGCAUGUGAAGCUCAUUUAUUUUUUUGUUUUAAAAUAUCACCGUAGUCCGUGUGAUAUUUAUAUGAUCUAUUUUUAUUUUUUAGUGAACGAUUUUUCC